GAGUUUAGCGACGCACCGCCGCCCCCUUACUUCCGCCCCUUUUGUCCUCCCCGCCCCCUCCUCUCCUGAGGGACGCGGCAAAAUGGCGCUGUUGCCCCCUGGCCUGGGUCUCCUCCUUGGCAUGGCGGCACUCGCUGGCGGCCAAUUCUACGGGGACGGGGGAGCUUUCAGCCCCGGGCAGACCGGCGGCAACGGAGCUUCGGUGGCUCAACGACGCAGAUAUUUAUUAUAUGAUGUGAAUCCACCAGAGGGAUUUAAUCUUCGUCGAGAUGUCUAUCUCCGUAUGGCGGGCUUAAUGGACACCCUGCUGAAGAGUGAAGAUUGGGUGCUGGUCCUUCCUCCCUGGGGGCAUCUCUACCAUUGGCAGAGCAAAGGUCUUAAACAAGUUCGCAUUCCUUGGUCUGCAUUUUUUGACGUGCCAAGCUUAAACAAGAACAUUCCUGUCAUUGAACAUGAGCAAUUUAUUGCAGAGUCUGGUGGCCCCUUCAUCCAGCAAAUCUAUGUUCUGCAGGGAUAUGCAGAAGGCUGGACAGAAGGGCACUGGGAAGAAAAGGUAGAUGAGCGACUUUGUAUUGAGGAUCUUCCCUACAGGAAUGACGAGCAGGGAUUUUACAGGGGCUGGUUUUGGGGUCAUGAGGAGACAAGAGGCCUCAGUGUUGCCUGCGUGUCUGUGCAAGGCUCAGCUUCCAUCAUGGUGCCAGUUCUUCUGAAAAACACCACUGCACAGUCUGUAAUGUUAGACAGAGCAGAAAACCUACUUCAUGACCAUUAUGCAGGCAAAAGUUACUGGGAUGCUCGGAGAAGCAUGGUGUUUGCCAAACAUCUACGUAUGGCCAGCGAUGAAUUUAGAGCAACAUACCUAAACUCUACAGAUGAAUUGGAUGAGACUAUUUACAAUGAGGACUGGACAAGGAUGAAGGUGAAGUUGGGCACUGCCAGGGGUGGCCCAUACUUGAGUGUGCACCUGCGGAGGAAGGACUUUAUCUGGGGCCACAGAAAGGAUGUCCCCAGCAUUAAAGGAACAGCUGAAAAGAUUCACAGCCUGUUGAAAGAGCUGAAGUUAGACAAGGUGUUUGUGGCUACUGACGCUGAUGAGGAUGAGCUGAAGGAGCUGAAACGCCGCCUUCCAAACAUGCUACGAUUUGAACCGACCCAGGAGGAACUACAGUUGUACAAAGAUGGGGGCGUUGCAAUCAUUGACCAGUGGAUCUGUGCCCAUGCCAGGUAUUUCAUUGGAACAUCAGUGUCAACAUUCUCAUUCCGUAUCCACGAGGAGCGAGAGAUUCUGGGCUUUGAUCCCAAAACCACGUACAACAGAUUCUGUGGUGAUGAAGAAAAGGAAUGUGAGCAGCCAACACAUUGGAAGAUUGUAUACUGAGCAGCAUGGACUCUCACUGUCAUAGGAAUUGAACCAUAUUGAGUGACAUCACGGAUUCAAAUUCACUCUUUAUAAGGAGGCCUUAUCUACAAUUCAACCACUUCCUUGAAGUUUAUAUUUUCCAAAGCUUUUUUUUUGGUCCAUCAAAAUACAUCCACCCUGGUGCCAAGGAAGCAAGAAUCCCAAAGCCAAGCUUUCCCAGCAGGAACCGCUGUUGGGUAAAGAUAAUGAAGUUGCCUUCUCUCAGUGGCUCCUGCCAGGAGUGUGAAGGGAUAAACACGAAAUAAUUUCUCAAAGUAGCAUGACAUUUCUCUACUCAUGCUCCCACAGAGCUGAAAUUCAACAUAGGUAUAAAAGGCAGCUUUAUCAUCCUUCUCUUAAUCUCUGUAAGACUGCUCCCUGGACUGGUUUCAAAAACAAUAUUAUUGCCAGGGUACACUCUUCUCUGCCAGUUUCGUUUAUUCCUGUGGCAAGUCUUCAACAUUGGUAAUUACUACUUGUAGAUACAAAAGACAUGUUUUACAAAUGUAAACUUAGCCUCACAGUAUUAGAAACAAAGAGACUCCUGCUGAAUGUAAUUGGCUGGUAGUGCAAUCAAUGAAAAUGACUAAGUGUCUGCUCUGGGUUCACCAGAGCCUAUAAAAUCCUUUAGUGCCUAAUAAAUUGAAUAAUUUCAGAUUCUCCAAGCCAGACAGAGGUCAUUUAUUGAGUUGUAAUCUAAUGCUUCUGUAUUUUUUGUUUAAUGUUCCCUUGGGCCGAAGUUUGAAUUUUCUUCCAUUCAGUUUUGCAGUGUUGGUGAUUCAGAAAUAUUUGAGUUGAGAACUAAUCCAAACAAAUUAAUCUGUCACAUUCCAAAAAUGGGUUCAAUCAUUAGUUCAUCUAGUUUCUUUUUAACUGAAGUACAACUUACGAAUGCUGUCUUUGUGAUAAUAUUCUGAAUUAGAAGGCAAGACUGACUUAUAAUCCAGGAUGAGUCAAAAGACAGUGACUUUAGUAUGGAUGUACCAAAGCCACACAGUUGCCCACUGUAGCCCUGAUCAUCUCCCAGAAAGAACUGCAACUCUGAACUACUGAAACCUACUUAACGGGACCCAUCUGGUCUGUAAGAAUUCUCAAACAUGAAGUAUUUUAUACUUUCAUUUUAUAAAUUGUGGGAUAUUAAAUGCUAUUUAUAUCAUAUAGUAUUUACACUGCUCUUAUUAUUUGGAGUUUUAUUUUGAUGAACUGUAUUCAUUUGUAGGAGUGAACAUGUUGCAUCUGUCAGCUGUCUUUGAGCUGUUGCAGUGGAAAGCAUUACAUUGACAGAUGUGUAUUUUAUUUUUUAAAAAAGUUAAAGUUUUUAGUGGAGAAAGAAAUGCAGUCCAGAGAGAGCAGAGAAAUAAACUUUGGUGUUUUAAAAACAGUUUACAUUACAGAAGUGGAUGUUCGGAAGGUCUUAGAGAAUAUAAAGGUAGAUAAAUCUUCAGGACCUGAGCUAAUGUAUCCCAGAACAUUGUGGGAAGUAAGAGAGGAAAUUACAAGACCCCUUGCUGAAAUAUUUGCAUCUAUAACUACGGGGUGAGGUACUUGAUGACUGGAGGGUUGUACCUUUGUUGAAGAAAGGUUGUAAGGAGAAACCAGAGGACUAUAGACCUGAGGGUCUGACUUGCUGUCAUCAGUAAAUUAUUGGCAGUGAUUAUAAAAGAUAGGAUUUAUGGACAUUUAGGCAAAACUUUUGAUCAGGGAUAGUCAGCAUGGUUUUGUGUGAGUAAAAUUGUGACUCACAAACUUGAUUGAGUUUUUUGAGCAAGUUACCAAAAAGGUUAUUGAUGGCAGAGCAGGAGAUGUUGUUUGGAUUUUAGAAAAGCCUUUGACAAGGUUCUGCAUGGUAGACUAAAUAGUAAAGUAAGGUCACAUGGGAUUCAGGGUGAGCUUCCCAAUUAGAUACAUAAUUGUCUUAACAGCAGGAGGCAGAGAAUAAUGGUGGAGGGGAGCCCAGGUGUCCCUGAAGGAGUUCAGUGUCCACCAAAACCCUCGAAUUUCAGGAAAGGGUGGGCACUGUAGAUGUUGGAGUGUAUUAUUUCCCACCCCCACUCUAUUUUGAUUUAAUCCCUGCGUCAUAUAAAAAGGCAUUUAGCAUGCUUGCCUUCAUUUUUUA